AUGGCGACGCUACACUCGGCCAUUCGGCCAAACACAUAUCUGCUCCUGCGCCUCCCCACGGAAAUGCUCAAACUUGUGGAGAUUAAGCUGAACACGAUCAUCGACGUCGGCAAGCUUGGCUCCUUUCCCUCAAAUCUGCUCAUCGGUCGUCCAUACCACCAUACCUACGAACUGCUCGAGAAGCGCGAUGGUGAAGGCCAUAUGCGCCUGCGAAUCGUUCCUCCCGCAGAGUUGAACGCGAAAGCUAUCUCGGAGGAGGCAACACCGGCGGAGUCACGAGAGGAUCUAGAGAUUCCUGAUGAUAGUGGAGGAGCGAAGGAUGGCUACGAAUAUGAUUUACAUAUCAAGAAGAACAACCGCCUCACUGUCGACGAUGCUACCCGGCAAACUCUUUCUCAUGCUGAGAUCGAGGAGUUGAAGAAGAGUGCCGGCGGGAAGGAGGUCAUUGAGAGGAUCUUGGCAAACCAUACUGGUCUGGAGGAGAAAACUGACUUUUCGAAAGAAAAGUACAUGCUGCGGAAGAGCAAGAAAUACCUGAAGAGGUUCACCGUUCUACCGAUGGAUCUGGGAAACCUAAUCGACUAUGUCCUGAUCAAGGAGCCGCCUCGAAUAAUGGAGCUGAGAGAAGAGGGCUUGGGACUGAUUGGUGCGUGGAGUCAUGCUCACUUUACUGGAGUUGAUGGAUUGGACACGGCAAUGGAGGAUGGUGGCGGCCAGAAGACGGGAUACGGGAGGUGGCUAGUGGUCGAUGACACGGGUGGGUUGGUGGUUGCAGCAUUGGCCGAGAGAAUGAACCUGCUGCAUGCACCCAUGCAGCUCGAAGAAGAUGAACAGCAAGCCGGAUUGGACGCUAUCUCAAAUGACAACGAGGACCCUGCGCAAGGCGGUGUUUCGCUCAGCCAACAAUCGAACGGCGCGAUUCCUGCGAAGGAACAGAAACCCAACGGUCAUGCCACGAAGCCUUCCCAGCCGGGCAUCUCACAUCGCGACUUUCCCACUCCUGCGUCGUCAAAUUCAAUAACCCUUUUGCAUGCCGCCGUGCAGCCAAACGUCUCCCUCCUGAAGCAUUUUGGCUACGACACUAGUAACGCRUUCCCUCCCGCAUCAGCUGAAGACGAGCAUCCUCUCCAUACGCAUCUAAAGCCACUUUCUUGGCUCCAGCUGCUCCACCCAGAAGAGGAUCCCACAUACAUCGAACCGGAAAGUGCUAGCGAUGAGAUUUUAGCAAGCUGGAAGAGUGGGAAGCGCGGCAAUUACUACAAGAAGCGACGUCGGUGGGCAAGAUGCAAAGCGAUUGUCGACGAUGCACGACAAGGCUCUUUCGAGGGCUUGGUAGUGGCGUCGUAUAUGGACCCGUUGACUAUCGUACAAAACACCGUCUCGUUGAUCCGAGGUGGAGGCCAUGUAGUCAUCUACAGUCCGACCAUUGAGCCUCUGGUCAAAUUGGUGGACCUUUACUCGAAAGAUCGAAGAGCGGCGUAUAUUGCACAUCUAGCGGCAGGCGAGACUCCCACCGAAGAGGAUUUCCCAGUCGAUCCGCGGUUAUUGCUUGGUCCCUCAAUACAGACCAGCAGGGUGAGGGAAUGGCAAGUUCUGCCUGGACGGACACAUCCUCUGAUGACGAGUCGGGGCGGAGCGGAAGGGUUUGUCUUUACUGCGAGAAAGGUUGUGCCGCUUGAGGGCGGAGUAGAAGCACGAGGAAACCAUUCUGGCAGUGGGAAGCGACGUAGAGUCGAAGUUGAGACUCCUGCUGUGAUGGAGACUGAGCCGGUUGCGGACGCCGUGAGCGAUGCGAUCGAUCCAUGA